AACCGGACGGUUAAGAGCUCUUAAAUUGUACCGAACCAAAUACCGGGAAUUCCUAUUUCCAAAUUUAAACCCACACAGAGACAUUGCACUAGACAGAGAGGCGCACUCUUUCUUCUUCGCCACCUUUUGCGUUUCUGGAUUCUUCGCAGAGAUCGCCAUUCCGAUUCCAAUGGCGCCCAUGAAACUCAUUCAUCUCCUCCAUCGCUACCUCUCGGUUGCUCUAACCUUCUUUCAGAGCAUCAUUUCGUGUUUGUUUGACGACAACAAUCAUCGAAUUUUGCAUUUCCUCGAAUACCCAAUCCUGAUCAAAUUCGUUGACGCGAUCUUAUCCCUAUACUUCUGGGUUUUCUGCGAUCUCCGUCCGAUCACUGUCGACAUCGACGGCGAUUCCACCGUCCAUUUCUGGGUCUCCGGCCACCGCAAAUUCGAGCGGAAAAACCUAGUGAUGCUCCACGGGUACGGAGGGAAUUCGAAAUGGCAAUUCGUGCACCAAGUCGCAGAUCUGUCGAAAUCGUUCAACGUAUUCAUCCCAGAUAUGGUUUUCUUCGGGAAAUCCUAUUCGAAGAGGUCGGAUCGGAGCGUGGAGAUGCAGGCGAGGUGCGUAGGGUUGGGGAUGGUGAAGGGAUUGGGUGUGGGAAGGUUCUCGGUGUACUCGAUCAGCUACGGUGGGUUCGUGGCGUAUCGGAUGGCCGAGAUUUGGCCGGAGACUGUGGAGAAGGUGGUGAUCGUGAGCAGUGGCGUGGGGUUCACGGAAGAGCAGAAGACGGCGGAGAUGAAGAAGUACGGAGAUCGGGAUUUGUCGGAGAUUCUCGUGCCGAGAAGCCCACACGAUCUGCGGCUGUUAGUUAGAGCUUCCAUGAACACCGGCCUCACGCACUUCGAGUGGGUGCCUGAUUUCGUCCUCUCUCAAUUCAUCGCUGUGAUGUAUGAGAAAAAUAGGAAAGAGUUGAUUGAAUUAGCCAAGAACUUGCUGGCAACAGAAGAAAAUCCAGAUUUGCCUGCGAUCAAACAGGAAACACUAAUUGUUUGGGGUGAAAACGACAAGAUAUUUCCCGUACAGUUUGCCCAUGGCCUGCGAAGACUUUUGCCAAACUCAAGGCUAGAGAUUAUCAAGGAAAUUGGCCACGCAGUCAACAUUGAAGCACCCGGUGCUCUUAAUAAUUUUAUUAUUUCAUUUGUUUUAGAUCGUUAAUUAAACCCCGCUUCCUAAUAUUUACAACGAAACACUAUGUAAUAGAAAUAUUACAUAUUUAACAUAAAUAAAAAAAUCGUGUAUUAUAUUA